ACACCAGGGGGAGGAGCUAACAGCCUUCCCCCGGCACGCGGGCCCUUUGUAUCAGACUUUAGCAGAAAGAGCGAAAAGACUAUUCUCUUUGGAUUUGGAACUUUGUAUGUUUUCUGGUAAUUGUGACCUUGAACAGCAAAAUUAGCUUUAAAUGUGUUUUUUUUUUUUUUUUAUAAUAGCGCUGCCUUUUACGUUCUAGGUGCAGUUUUUCUACGUAUAUAUUAUAACACGAGCCCGUUUAGUUAAUGACAACUAAUAAUUAGCCAAGGUGUAGAAAACUAGGGCUUACCAAAUUUAUUUAUUUAUUUUUUUGCUAGCCACCCGUGAAAGUAGCAUUUCUUAAUAAAAAUAAAUACCAUAACUUACUUAAACCAGUUAAAAAAGAAAAAUAUGUCAAUAUUUCUAAGGCUAGAGUAAUACGAUGCUAACCAGUUUUGCUAGCAAGGAACCCGAUCUGUUUUAAAGCAAAGACAACGGCAUAAGAUGGAAAAUACAGGAGUUUGUAGCAGCCGUAACACCACAAAAACAGAUCUGAGUUUGCUGCUUGAGUGUCUGAAGUUUCAGAUGAAGUCUCCUGACUCACAGAAACAAGCCCUUCUAACCAUUAACUCAAUCUGUGAAAACAGGGAGGAUCAUGUGGACCUCUUUAGAGAACUUGGUGGUGUGACUUUUGUGUAUAACCUCUCCAAAUCCAGUGUUGUUCAUCUAGAAGUGAAAGAGGCAGCUCUUUUUACACUUGGAACACUGGCAGAAUGUAACGUAUAUUGCAAGAACUCUUUGUGCAGAAAGGAGAUCUUUACAGAUAUUUCUGGCUGGUUGAUAAAAGAAGACCUCCCCCUGACUCAGAGGAGAGUGACUGUCUAUUUGCUGUUUGUGCUGGUAGCCAACAACAAAUCAGGACAGACUUUAGCUCAAACCACCGGUUGCCUGGAUAUUCUAUUAGACCUCUUCAGGACCACCUUCCCCCUGUCUAAAAAGAACAACCUAAGAACUCUGACUCAGACCUGUCAGCUUUGGGCAUCUGUGUCAAGUGCUCUGUGUGGAUGUGUCAACAACCCCCAGAAUGAAGAAGCUCAGCGUAUUUGUGUGGCGGCCUUUCCAACGAUCAAAACAUGGCUUCAGCAGAUUUCUCUCCCCUGCACUAAAAUUCUUCAACCCAUAUGUUCCUUCAUUUCCAUGACAGUUGCUAAUAAUUGUUGUGUUCAGGAGAGUUUCUUUGCCUCGGGGGGUUUAGAAACUCUCACUCUUCUGCUGGUUCGCCUCACCUCUGCUGCAGAUACAAGCAUGUUGUCCUGCCAGCUGGCUGUAAUUAUUGCUAAGACUCUGUCAGCUUGCAUCACUGAUAACCCUGCACUGGCCUCGGGUCUGUCUCAGUAUGGCCUGGUCUUCCAUCUUUUCUCUCUGCUGUCAAAUUCCAAAUUGGAGCCCGAGGACAGACUCUGUGUGUUACUGAACAUCGGUCAAUGCACUGCUGCCUCUGAUGAACACCAGUCUCACCUGGUUCAGUGUGGAGGGCUGCCUGUUAUUAUAACGUUACUCACUGAAGACGCAUGUGAAGAAGUUAAAAAAGCUUCUACUUUCAUUUUACAGACCUGCAAACAGGCCACCAUGCGUUUGUCAGCACAUGAUCAAAUAGGACAACAGGCUGAAGAGCCAAGUCAAACCCUGGAAGACUUCAAAAAGUCAGCCAGGGAUCUGCUGCUCAGGAUUAACCGCUUAGAGCAAAGGCAGUUAAAGGGGGAUGAGAAGGAGCAGGAAGACAUUGAUGUGUCACGUCCAGGUGAAAGUCACCGCCAGCUACAUCAGUCUGCAGGUUUUCCUCUCAAAACCAUCCAUUCACAGAAGCCUGCAUGCGUGAGCAGUGAUUGUGACGCUGGACUUCAGCCAGACAGGAGCGAGAAGGACUAUAAAAUGAAUAAUGCAACUUUGAAGACUCUUUCCCAGGAAGAGUUGACAAAAACUAGCAAAAAACCUGUGAUGUGUUCAGUGUGCAAGACUGCAGGAGUCUCACUGCCUUCUAAUGGUCGGUCACUAGAGGGUGACAGUGAGCCACAAAAUGCAAACAGUCUCAUCUUUGAACCAGUUUUAUCAAAGAAGCAGAAAAAAGGAGCUGAGAUUAAACGUACUGAUGAGUUCCAGAGCAGGGAGAUAAGGGAAGUCCAAAAACCACCAGCAGAGGAGCCUUCAUUCUUUCAAAUGCGAUGUGCAGGUUGUGUGGUACCCUUUGAAAAAGUGACAAGUCGUAACUUUGCAUCCCUUCAAAGCUUCUGCCACAGCAGCUGUGACCUGCAUCGGGUCCUCAAAGAGGCUACGGAGCGGUUCAGGAAGGCCCGUUUAAACCAAGUGUUUAUGAAAGAGCAUCAGGAUGUCCAGAACCAGCUCACAAACAGAAGUUCUGUGAGAGUUGCAGCUGCACAAUCCCCAAAAAACCCUCAGAACCGUGUUUCUUUGACUCCUUUGCACAGAGGAGAUCUAAAGAAGACUUUUGCCUUCCCCAGCAGAGCUGAUCCACGCUUGACUCCCCUCAAAAGGCUGCAUGCACCUGAAGACAGACGUCCAGUGUCACAUUUGGGCAUCACGCGUGACCACUACGCCUGAGCGCCUGUGGCGGACUAGUCCUCUCUGAAACGUGCUUUUGGCAGCAGACGAAGCAAAGAGGGAAAGAAUGUUGACCCGCAGCCAGUGUUCUCACAGCACAGCCCAGAGCUGGUUCAGAGCGCCACAGCUGUAUUAAGCUGUUUCACACUCUAAAUGGCACAGUGUGUGUGUGUGUGUGUGUGUGUGUGUGUCUGUGUGUUUGCAGUCAUCGUCUGUGAGAUACUAGGGCUCAAUUAUUAUUAUGAUGCUUUUGUUGACAAAUGUUUGUGCAGCCUCUCAUGCAGGGGAGCUGCUGUGUGCUAGAAUCUGUAGCCGUCAUGUUUUUACCUUUUAUCCAAUGUACACUUUGUAAGACUCUACUAGUUUUUGGACAUUAUUUAAGCCAUUAUUUCUGUUGCAGUUUGUGGUUUCUAUUGUUUUUAAAGUUUCCUUUUCAUGAGCUUUUCUGUCGAACACUUGUAGUCAUAUUGAUAUUUAUAGUCAUAUACAUAUUGAUGAUAUCAUUGAUAUAAAUGUAUUUCGUGUAGUUGCUGUGUGAAAUAAACGUGUUUUGUUGAUUGGAAGCCUGAAAUCAACCUUUGAA